UCGGUCGACUGGUUUACAUAUUUGGUUCCGAUCAAGUCUUCGAUGAAUUCAGCAAGAGCGACCAAACCUCAGGCGAUUAAGUCUUCGAAAGUUUAAAAUCACGCGCUUUGCUCGGAGAUGUUGCAAGCGUGAAGGAAAUGAAAACAAGGGUGACUUUUGAUCCGGCAGAGUCAACAAUGAAUAAGUCACCGAACGAGGUGUCACGUUCGCGAUCAAAAGCUGGCACGUAGUUUGUUUAAAAUCCGUUUGCACAUGACUCCCUGCAUGUAAAUAAAAACUUGUUUCAUGUAUCGCAGACAGAAAUCGCUGUAAGGAAAUAUCAUUGACACGAAAGGAUCUUUUAGAAGUCACGAUUAUUUUUCCUUCUCUCUUGUUUGUAACUUGAAUUUUCUUUUCAACCGAAAUACUUCUAAAAGGUUUUUAAUCAUGAAAAUUAAUCUUUUUGAUAGACUACUCAGCUUUGUGUUAGAUUCAACCUAUCAGAUGUAAUGGCAAACAUUUAAUUACGUUUCUCAGUGUGUAUGUGUUGUUGUUCCAAAACAGCACAAGUCUUUUGUUCAAAACUUGCAGAGUAACAAAGCGCCGGGUUUAAAGUUAGUUCUUUGCUACAAUUGUCAUGAAUUCUUCUGGGGUGAUUGUAGAGAUUAGAAACUUGGCUAUGGCUAUUCUUGCCGUCAUCUGGGUUUUGAGCUCUUAUGUCAAUACUGUGAAUCAUCAAUUGUUCUGGAAGCCAAUCAGAGGGCGAGAUUUAAAAUUAAGAACGUGCUUGGUGUGAAUUUGCAUGAUGAUCUUGUGACGUCAUAGAGCUUGUCAAAAGGUAUAAAUCUUUCACGGACGUCCGUUGUCUGUGCUUUCUAGUCGCACGGUGCGAAGAGUUCUUUUGUAUUGAGAGAUUGAAUUGGGAAAAGCGGAUUUUGACCAAGAUGUGCAAAGGAAACUCAAAAGCCCCCAGCUCUAGCUUGGUUUGGGAUUUACAGAGUACCAAAGCUCCGAACAGUAUGAAAAUUGUACUGUUCGCGGAUUUUAUGUCAAGCAAUCACGGCCUCAGCCAAGCGCAGUACAUGCUCAAACAGCUUUGCAACGAAGGACAUCAAAUUACGCUAUUUGAAUGUGCAAAUGUCAGUGUGCCUUUGUUGAUAUAUGAAGACACUCAAGCUUGUCUGUGCCAAACUUAUGAAGAGCCGUUGAAAGUGUUAGAAAGGAAAGUUGCUGAGGCAGAUGCCUUUCUUCUGGUUACAGACAGACCUGGUUUUCAGAUUCCGUCUUCACUUGCAACAGUCAAACAUCGGUUUACAGGGAAUAAUUUCACAUGGAGACCCUAUGGAGUACAAUGUGUCCUUCUCGGAGGCUCUGUACACAGCCGCAAAGUUGCUAUGAGAUUACGAGUGCUUCUCGAAGGCUCAGACUACCCUUAUAUGUCUGGGGUGCUUCCUCGCAGAUGUUCUUGGACACAGAUGUAUGCAGUGGACCCAAGUCUUGAAACACCAGGACCUUGUGUGCUAUAAAUCGCAAACUCUCUUUGCUUGUUCAUACUUGUUUUUUCUAUGUUUCUUGUAAUUUCAUAAGCUUAGACUUGUGUGUGCAUACUGGGAUUGUUCCAAGUUUAGCAAUUUACAAGCACUGAAGCUUAAACUCUUCUUCAUUCGCAUAUUUCUCUGUUACUUUUACCCAAAAAUUCAUAAAAUGAAACAAAAAUCCAAAAACAGAAAAAAGAUAUAAAAAGACCAGUAUCAAGUUCUGGGUUUUGUAAAUAGUAGAUGUUUGACUACACCAUAUUGGUAAUAAUGUAAAAUAGAGAGUUUUAUGGCAAAUUGUAAAUAAAGGGAUUAACUUUUAUACGACAA